AAAUCAAAAAUUUCAGGAUCAAAUAAAAUUACCUUGCCCCUAUUUUUAUAUGAGGAUGAUUUUGAGUGUGGUAAUCCAUUGGGCUCACAUAUACUGUUUAUAAAAUAUCUGGAAUGUAUAUUUCUUUACCGUGUUUACCAUUAGAAUUUCGAUCAAAGCUUGACAGUAUAUUCCUUUUGCAAAUUGUUCAUUCCAGUGAUGUAAAAGAGUAUAAACCUGAAGUAAUAUAUGGAAUUGAAAUUGAUAUUGAUGGAAAACUAAUUACUAUUUUAUUCAAAGUUGCUUUAAUCAUUGGUGACAACUUAGGACUAAAUUCGAUUCUUGGUUUUACAACAAGCUUCAAUUCUAACUUUUUUUGUAGAUUUUGUAAAGUCACUAAAAAUAUA